GUUUUACCAGUCUGAUGUGCAAUUACUUGAAUCAGCAUAAUUUAUGUACAUUUUGACCAUGAUUCAUGCUGUUGCCUAACCGAGUACGUUUUCUACUAGUUUUUUUCCUAGUAAUAUAAAGUUGGAGAAUCUGAAGGUAACAAGCAGAAAGACUAUCCCAAUGAAAUUUGUGUGAAUAUUGCGACAAGGGUACUUGAUUUAUUACUUUAACCUUGUUGUUAGACGCAAUUCUUCUUGCAGCGCAGGGAUUCACUGGAGCUUCAAAAUGUUGUGAAGUUCAUACAUUCAGUACUGUGCAAUUUGAAAGGUGAUGGCAUUUGAGGAAGAUGCUGACUUGUCAACUGUGAAGUCUCAACUAAGCCAAACACAAACAAUGUGGAAGGAGGACAUGGAAAGAAGUCAAUCCCAGGUGGAUGUUUUGCAAGCAAAACUUAUGGAGGUAAAGGCUUCUAUACAGGGGUCUGAGGAAGAUGCAAGAAAGGAGUUGGAAGUUCUUUGGCGGAGAGUCAAAACUACAGCAACAUUGUUGACAUACCUGAAAUCAAAGGCAAGAAUCAUGGCUGUCCCUCAUUUAGCCCAUACAUCAUGUGGCAUAAAACAAUUAGAUGGGGUGGGGCUUGUUGACAAAAAUGGUGUACCGGUAUCUGGUUGGUCUAGAAACAUAGAUCUUUCUUCCUUUGAAAGUUUAGAUGAUGAGACAUGGAUUGGAAUUAGCAAUGAGUAUGGUUCCCUUGAUGAACAAGAUGGAGCAUAUUUUGGUGAGGUAUUGAAGAGUGUGGAAAUGGUCACUGAUGUAAUGGAAAAUCUUGUCAAGAGGGUUAUUAUGGCCGAAUCUGAAACUGCCAUUGAGAAAGAGAAGUUAACAUUAGGACAGGAAGAGAUAAAAAAGAAGGUAAUUCAAAUUGAGAGCAUGUCAGUGAAGUUGGAGGAAAUGGAAAGGUUUGCUCUUGGUACAAAUUGUAUUUUGAAUGAGAUGCGACAGAGGGUUGAAGAUUUGGUUGAAGAAACAUCUAGACAGAGGCAACGAGCAGCAGAAAAUGAACAGGAGCUUUGUCGUGUGAAGCAAGAUUUUGAAUCACUUAAAUCUUAUGUUACUAGUCUUAUCAGCGUGAGAGAAACACUUUUGUCAUCAGAGAAGCAGUUUCAAACAAUUGAGAGGCUCUUUGAGCGGUUAGUUGCAAAGACCACACAGCUGGAGAGUGAGAAAAUGCAGAAAGAAACUGAAGUCCAGAAACUUAUGGAAGAAAAUGUGAGGUUGACCGCUCUACUUGACAAAAAAGAGGCCCAGCUCUUGGCCAUGAACGAACAAUGCAAGGUGAUGGCCUUGAGUGCUUCGAAUGUUUAGUUUGGUAGUAGGGUCUUGAUUGCAUGUUGCCUUAACGUUUUUUCUGCUCGGCCCACCUGCUGACCUUCCUUGGGAGUCGACAAAUAAUAUUGGGCCAGAAAAUCUGCUUUCUUGAAUUUACCAUUGAGAGGAACGUGUGGAGCUCAAGCUCAUUAUUUAAAAAUACUAUUGUGCUGUGAUGUUGUUGACUGGAGCCAAAAAGUUCGGUUGGUAUGCAGAGUUGUAUUAAUCAAAUAGAUAGGUUCUUUUGUAUCAUUUUCGGUGAGUAGAAGUUGCACCAUCGCUGUAAAAUUCUACCAUCAGUAAGAUUUUUUUUAAUAUAUUUUAUUUUACUGCGUGAUAGCAGGGCUUAUUUCUGGCUUAA